AGCUAAAAUACAUAAACAAAAUAUAACGUGGAGAUAACGAUUUUGACCAAACUUUCGAAAAUUUCCGCUAAACUUACUCGCGAAAAGAGAAUCGAUUAAUAUUUGAUAAUGCAAUGAAAUAAUUAAAUUCGUGUAUUUAUCUAAAAUAAAACAUUAAAUCGACCGGAUUGACUUGUUGGGAUAUGGAAUUAACGAACAACGAACACCAAUUGCGACAGCCGAAAUACACCAAGGAGAUUGGAUAAUUAUAGAAGCUGCGCGGACGGAUUACUGCUAGAAUUGAAUGGAAUUAUUGCGCUUUUUUUGCCGUCAAAGGAAAGUGUUUUAACGUCAAUAUGCACUGAUGCUUACCAGCAUACAGAAGAACGUCGCCUUAAAAAGGCUCGCCGGUUCGGCCGUUACUGCACUAAUAAGUAGAGAGCGGAAGCAUUCUUCUCUUCCAGUUUCUUCUUGGGCACCGUACUUGAUUUGUAAUUCAAAGGUCAUGUACAAAGGCAGGAACAGCUACAGUGCACCCCGACCUUACAGGGUCUCUGUGGAAGGAAACAUAGGCAGUGGAAAAUCAACCUUUCUUUCGUAUUUCCAACGAUUUGCAGCCGUAGAAACUUAUCUUGAACCGUUGGACACUUGGAGAGAUGUGCAGGGUCACAAUGUCCUUGACCUUCUGUAUUGCGAUUUACAGAAAUGGAACUUAACAUUCCAACAUAUGGUACAACUCAGCAGGGUGAACAUCCAGACUUCCGACUCAAAAAAAAGGGUACAAAUUUUCGAGAGGUGUGUCCAGAACAACAGGUUUUGUUUUGGAGAAAUGGCAUAUAAAGAGGGAUUGCUGUCUGGUGUAGAGUAUGCUAUCUUUGACAAGUGGUACUCGUGGAUCAGCAACAACACAGACAUUGGACUAGACCUAAUUGUCUACCUGAGGACAAAUCCGAACACAGUGUACCAACGACUUCUACAGCGAUCUAGAAAAGAGGAACUGUCAGUGUCCUUGGAGUACUUGCAGAGGGUUCAUGAAGCACAUGAUAACUGGCUGCUGCAUGGUACUCCGGCCAAAGCUCCAGCGCCUGUGCUUGUAUUGGAUGCAAACUCAAAUUUGGACGCCUUGUACAAACAAUAUGAGCACAACCAAGAGGUCAUUUUAGGCCGCAGACACACCUUGUCGAACUGAUUAGACUAAAAUAAGAUUUUUUACAAAUUAAAUGUAAUUUGAUGGAUGGCCUUUUUAUUUUUCUAGAUGUAAAGAGAAUUUUUUUAACAAAUUUGCUUGCAUUCAAAAGCUUUAGCAAUAAUUGCAGCACAGGAAACACUCACGGUAUGAUAUUGACAGGCAUUUUAUGAAAAAUAUCCAUUAAUCACCAUAGAUUAAUCUAGAUUUGUGUUCUUUUGAUGCAUAUUUCAAAGUAUUGUUAGACGUAGAAGACUAUUAUGUCUAAUAUUAUUGAUGUAGACAAAGACUUGAAUAAAAGUUUUUAAUUUUGCAAAAAACUUACAAUAUAAUUAACCAGCAAUGUUUUCCAGCCAAAUUUCUACUUGCUUAUAAUCAAUAGAGUCUUUCGAAGCUGAAUUGAAGAGAGAUGUUUCGGCAAAGUUGACUCUAAUUUUGUUGAGCUGCUCAAAUUCAAAA